AUGAAAAUCAUAAUCAUUGCUAAUCAGCAACGUCCUAAAUCGAAUUUCUGGUAUCGGAUACAGCUACAGACCGUCAGUAAACCCGAUCCCAAGGUUGUUCACCCAUAUGAGAAAAUCGAUUGUACCGGUCUCAAGAUAUUAGGAGUUCGAUUCCGGAAUCUCGGCCGGAAUGCUCGAUGGAAGCAGUCCUGGAACAAGUGUUUGUUGAUCUGCUGCUGGUGUUUCAAUGACAGACGACCAACACUAGAUUCUUCUGGCGGCUAUUCCUGGAACGACAUGGAUCCUGAAAUGCGAAAGACUCCCAGCAAAAGACCAUCGUUAAACUUUAUGCCUUGUCAUUCAUCAUAAAUUGCACAGCAAGCCGAAAAAAAAUCAUUCAAUGAUUCACUCCGAACGAGUGUAAUCUGUAUUGCCUGCAGCAACUGUUGAUCAACGUCGACAAAUUUAGCAUCAGCGUAAUAUGUAGUGGAAAGGAAAUCAAGCAAUCGGAAACCUAUGAAGAAAUAUAUAAAUUCGGAUUUGAAGAAUUCUGCAUGGUGAAGGAGUCACGGAAGAAAGUAUAGAGCUUUACGAGUUCUUCUGAUAUGAAUCAUCUUUUGCUACUAUCCACCCGGAAGAAGUAAAGCAAAUAUAUCGUUGAGGCAACGGCAAAAGAAAGGUUGCUGGAGAAGUGUAAGUCCUGGAAUUUGACCCUCAUGAAACCAGAUCCUAGUUUGCGUUCGCUGGAAGCGGUGAAUGACGCAUUGUUGAACAUGAUGACGACGUUAUUACUGUCGAUUUGGGAUCGCCGGAAAUAAGAAGGAGAAGGUGGAUGAAAAGACAAGCUCCAAUGCAUUUGACAACCAAUCUCUAUGAUGCACAACAUCGUUUUGCUUUUUUGGUGAAAGUGGUAAGAAAGCGUACCAUGAGGGCAUGCCUGUCCUGGAGAGUGCUGUCCGACUGGUGAAAAUUGUAGCUGCUUUGCUCUAUUGUGACCAACUUGAAAGUCAAGCUCAAGACAAUAGUGUGGUAAGUUUGUGCAUUUGUUAUUCAGUAUUUAACUAGAUACACAUUUUAAAUGAUUCACUGUAGUGUAUACAAUCCGUCUAGCAUAUUUUUCGGAUGGGAAACAAUCUUGGCUCCCUGGGCACACUGGUCACACAACCAGAAUUGAUAGAAUAACAAAAUACCUGGCUGUCAGCCAUCAACCUGCGGCUGGGUAUGUUUGUCCAGCAGAUCCAAAUGCCUGUCCAAGCGGGAUAUUCAAAUCAUCAGAUCCUCAAUCAAUCAUUAGCACAACAGAUCCUUUUUUGGUCCAUCAGAUGCUGAAUAACAUUGAGGUGAGUAUUAAGUAUGACUACAUUUGCUGUUCACUUAGUUAUGCAUUUUCAAAUUUUAGCAACUACAUGUCACGCAGAAUAAUUUACAACGAGCUAAUCAAAUGUCGUUGAUUCCAAUAAUAAAGCAACAAAUGGAUUACAGAUGGAUUACAGAAACAAUCACCUACAAAAAGUAAUCUUAAACAAGCAUUCUGGAAACAUCAACCACCUGGCAAAUAGCUUCCAUCGUGAACUGAAUGAUCUAACUUUCGAGACCGGGUAUCCUCGUCCCGCGGUUCAUCGUCGUGAAUAACAUCACCAGCGAUGGCUCGACACUCCGACCAGCAUCAGAGACCUUUGUCACCCAUUGGCUCGAUGUCGGAGCGGAGAACUUGUCCAGGUUUCAGGACUCACAAUUCUCCACCAGCGAUGACUCGACGCUCCAGAAUGUUUGUUCAAUUUUACUUUUUGUGGCUUCUGCAAUCCACCAAUUGGUUGCU